UAGCACUGGACCAAACACACUGAGGCAUGAUUCCUGAUUGUUGAUUGCCGCCUCAAGUAGAGCGUAAACGGUUGCCGCUUAACAAUUUGCUUCCAGCAAACGCCAUGAAGCUUAAAACACUAAUAUUUCGGCUACUGCUCAGUGUUGUAUCGUUGGUUGUGUUUAACGAGUUUGUUGUGUACUACAUUGUGCUGUUGAAAUGCCAAUGGCCCUCAAAACCAGCAUCAGUGAAUGGACUGGAACCAGUGAGCGUAAUGCUGCUUGCGGACACUCACCUACUAGGCCCCGUCAGAGGCCACUGGUUCGACAAGCUUCGGCGCGAAUGGCAAAUGCAUCGUGCGUUUCAAUCGGCCAUCACACUAUUUCAACCAGAAGCAGUCUUUAUACUCGGAGACGUAUUUGACGAAGGGAAUUGGGUGAAUCAGAAGGAAUUUGAUCACUACGUCGACCGCUACCGGAAGCUAUUCCACACUCCGCGCGGUGUAGCGCUUCAUAGUAUUGUAGGCAAUCACGAUAUUGGCUUCCAUUACGCCACACGGCCCAAUCUGGUGCAACGAUUCGGGGAUCAGUUUAACAAUACCGGCGUAUCGUUGAUCAGUCUGAGAGGCGUCCAUUUUGUGGCGAUCAAUUCGAUCGCGAUGGAGGGCGAUGGAUGUUAUCUGUGCGAAAAGGCAGAAAAAGAGCUAAAAUCGAUCGAGACAAUCUUCAAGUGUGGCAGAGGAAUUGGCCAGUGUAAGGACGUCCCGAAGCUGGAAGAGUACAGCAGACCGAUUGUACUGCAACACUUUCCCAUGUACCGUGAGUCGGACAAAGAGUGUCAGGAGCACGAUUCACCGCAUGUCGACCUGUACCGUGAACGAUGGGAGGUGCUCUCGAAGGAAUCGACCGAUUUGAUUGGAGAUUUGCUUAGCCCGCGGUUAGCAUUCAGUGGUCAUUCGCACCACUACUGCCAUAUGGUGAAGAAUCGUCUAAAGAUCGAAGAGUACACGCUACCUUCGUUCAGUUGGCGGAACAAAAACAAUCCCAGCUUUAUGUUGGCACGCAUAUCGCUAAAAGAGUACACCGUUUCACGGUGUCGUAUGCCGGAGGAAAACACCAUCGUAACGAUAUACCUCAUUGGAGGGAUUUUGAUACUGCUUGUGUCCACGCUGAAGAUAGCAGGCAUCAUCGGGCAACUGUGGUCUUUUCUUUGUCGGGGUCGCAAAGAUUACAAAAAACUUACCAAAUAG